UUCAACAGCAUUUAGACAUAUAUAAUGUGAGUGUGCACCAGGUUUCAUUGUUUCCUUGUGCUGCUAAGUAAUUUUCCUUCCUUGUUUCCUCAAGGCUUUCACAGAUCAACAGAGGAUGGGAAAAUCGCUAAAAAUGAUAGACAAAUUUUUGCAAAAUCUUAAAAAUUGACAGACAGAGGAAACUAUAUUGUCCGAAGAAACUACUUAACCUUUUCAAGCUAAUAAAACUGCCAUUAAAAUAUCUUAAUAAACCAUUCUUUCCGCACUGUAGUGCGUGCUGAAAGAGGCAUAGUUAAAUGCUGUGCAGCUGCUAUGGCAUGUGCCAAAGUUUAGGCUGAUCUAAGCGAGGCUUAGAAGCUAUCUUUAGCGUACAGAUGAGUGAUACUAUCCCAAGAAUGCACUCUGUCUUUUACCUGAUGUGCUGCUCCUGAAAAUCUGAUGCUAUCAUGUAAAACAAAAUACCUAGUAUCAACAAGCACUGUUUUGUUCUCUACUUGAGUUAUGCUGAUUUUAAUUAACAGUCUGAACGUUAAAAAAAAGCAUUGCUUUUUGACCCUUUGCAUGUUGAAUUGUUGGGAUAUAAUUUGGUUUUAGCACUGCUUGGCACCAGUUUCAUGCUUUUCAAUUGUAUGCCAUUACAAAGUACAUCAUCUUUCAUUUUCUGCUGUUCUGACAUCAUCAAAUUCUAGUCACUACCCUGUUCUACAGUGCUGUUGUUGCUAAGAGCCUCGACUCUCAGAAGGCAAAAGGAAAUAUGUGCAUGUGAAGAAAAGAAUCUGAUAUUAUUUCAGGCUUCCUCCUGCUGUUUCUGGUGUGCUCCAUCUUGGAGAUUAGGGAACCGAGAAGUUAUGUUAAUCUCAAGAGCUCUCUGGUUUAAGCCUUUGGGAAUGGAAUGCUUUCUAGACCCUCAGUUUGUUGAUCCCAAAGACGCACCCAGGUGCAGCUUUGUUUACUGAAGAGCGAAGGACACACUUAACAAAGCUGCAGUACUGCCUCUGUUAUAGUCCUUUGUGCAGGCACAUGGGAGGAAAGAAAAUGCAUGGAGGAAUGUGAGGUGGACAGUGAAGGAAGCCAGGGGAGGAUGACUGUGGGGAGGAAGAAAAUAAAGUGACAGAAAAGGAAAAGGUGAUAAGAAAAUAGAGGAUAAAGUGGGAGAGGGGAAAAAGAGAAGACAAAAUGACCUGGAAGAGGAAAAAAGAGAUGGCGUUCUGCGAGGUCUGUGGAUCAUAUUCAGCACAUCUGUCUUAAUGCACUUUGAUGUUUUGUCAUAAUGCUGACAUGGUGCAUCGGUGUAGCGGUUUGUAAUGCAGCAUAACAAACUCAAAAUCUGCUGUUUUACAGGUCCUCAAUAGCUUCUGAAUGGUUAUAAUCAGGACAAUAAUACCAAUAGAAAGGGUAAUGCUGCAGGUGAGGUGUAACUAGAUGAAACAGACAGCGUGUGACGAGAGAUGAAUUGAGAAGACAGGAAAACUGGAAGAAAACUGAUGAAGGGAGGCUGAUGCAGGAAGAGGCUGAAGAACAAUGGCUUCCUUCAGCAACCUGACUAUUGGCAUUGCUCUUGCCAGUUUUACUGUAUUUCAGCUGCUGUUCCAUGUUUUAAGUUCUUGGGUGUCAACACGAAUAACACCUGGUUUUAACAAUCUCAGCCAAAAAAGGAAGAUCGAAUGGAAUUCAAGGACAGUGUCCACAUUCCACGCCUUGGUGGUUGGUGGGUUUUGCCUAUAUAUUUUGUUGUAUGAUGACGCUGUUAAUGCUGACCAUCUCUGGGGUGACCCUUCAAUUGUGAAACUGAAUAUUGCUAUUACUACAGGCUACCUCAUUUCUGAUUUGUUGCUUAUUAUUUACUACUGGAAGGCAAUUGGUGACAAAUUUUUUGUAAUACAUCACUUGGCAGCUCUGUAUGCUUACUAUUUUGUACUGAGCAAAGGUCUGUUGGCUUAUUUUGGAAACUUCCGUCUGCUUGCAGAGUUCUCCACUCCUUUUGUCAAUCAGCGGUGGUUUUUUGAAGUACUGGGAUAUCCCAAAUCUUCAAAGGCCAACAUCAUCAACGGUGUGCUGAUGACAGUUGUGUUCUUCGUGGUGAGGAUUGCCGUCAUGCCUAUAUAUUACAGCCAUGUAAUUUCUUCAUUUGGAACAGAGGCUUUCCAGAGAUUAGGAUUUGCAGCCCAGAGCGCCUGGAUGAUCUCAAGUGUUGUCUUGGAUGUUAUGAAUGUGAUGUGGAUGGUCAAAAUUGCAAAAGGAUGCUACAAAGUAAUUUGUCUUAUCGGACAGGAGGAAGCCAAAACUCAUAGAAAUGGAAAAUCUGACUAGAAAUCAUAUACAUAAAAUGAAAUUUCUGCUAUGAAAAUAAUUUCGGUUCACUGAAACAGUGUACAUUUCUGCCAUGGAAUGCUCCUCUUAAGGAAACAAGGUAUUACCUCUGUACUGACCUUACUCUUUCCCUAGCCACACUGCCUGCACACCCAGGGCCACGCUUUUCGGAUCCUGUCUGGUGAGGAAUAAAAGCAAACGCUCACACAAAUGAGUUCCACGUGUCUGUUCUAAGCAGUUACAAGCUACUGAAUUUAGAAUGGAGCAGACUGGUUACCUGCUUGUUGUCCACCAGUGUGUUCGAAGUGUUUCACUCAGGUUUCUCAGAUUAAUGUGUUUUAUAAAUCCAGUGAAUACUGACAUCUCUCUUUUUUUAGAAAACAAAACAAAAAAAUCCCCAAACUCCUGAUAUGGUGCAAUUUUCCUGGCACGUUUCUAUGUUUUCUUCUAGGAAUAACAAUCAAGAUUUCAUUCUUGACAACUUUUUAAUUUUUGCAAGAAAAGCUAAAAAUUUAGCUUUGAUUCUGUGAAGUCUUUUACUGUUUUUUGUUCUGCCUUAUAUGAAUGCAAACCAUUUUGGGAAAUUUAUGAAAUAAUUUUAUCUAAAAUGCUGUAUUAUAAGACUACAGAAUAUCUUAAAAAUUGUUAAAAUUCUCUGAUUUUAAUGGGAAGGAUUCACUUUUGCUGUGUUAGAUUACAUGCAAUAGUACAUCUUCUAAAUUGCCCGUGGAAUUUUUUUUAUAAACUAGUAUGGUAAAUGAUGUGUGGAAACAGCAUAAUUCUUACUGGAGUGCUUUUUCCUUUGCUGCUACUACCUUUGAGAAGUGCUGCAACUCUCCUGAGAGUAUUUUUAACCAUUGGCUAUUUGGAUGCGAAGUUUAAUUGUAAAGAGAUAAAAUUCUUCUGUAUAUGUGUUGUGUAACUUACAGUAAUACUUUUUUUUCUUUUAUCACAGAAAUGACCCAUUUGAUAUGAAGUGUUGAGGUUUUUUGUCACAUUUUCCUUGUUAAUCACAUCAGAAAUCCGAGGUGUUGACUAAAAACAUUCUUGAAUUAACUGUGCCAAACUUCUGUAAAGCUGUAGAGUAAUUCUGUAGAAUGACAGUUCGCUUCUGUAGGCACAACAUUUUAUUUUUUUUAAACCAUGUAUUUGUCAAUAGGUACCCUGUUCCUUCUUCUGCAAACUUGAAGGUUUGGAGGUCAUCAGAGAUAAAUCUUACCAUCUAGGAAUAGCCUAGAAUGUAAUUUAUAAUACAAUUUGAGGAAAUUCUGGUUUUUGUUUUAUUUUUAAAUGAUUUUGAGAACUGUA